AUGCCAACAGCACCUGUGUUGACCACCGGGCAGUGCGACUGGUCCAGCGGGGACAACCUGACCGAGCCUCGCGUCACGGAGCAGCUGGACUACGCCGGCUGCCUCUUCCUGUCCAUACUUCCCCACGGACAGGCAGUGACCAUGCUGGUGUGGAUCUUUGUGUUGCUGACCCUCUCCUCGUUUCUGGUCAAUGGCUUCACCCUGUUCGGACUCGGGCGGUCCGAGGACCUCUCCUGGGAGCCGCGCGUUGCUUUAUUCAAGAACCUGAUCGUGAGCGACCUCCUGCAGACCAUCACCUUCGGCCCGGCGGUCAUCCACUCGCUCGUCCAGCGCCGGACGAUGGCGUUCAGCACCUGGUGCAACGUCCAGUACUUCGUGGGGACCGUGAGCAUCUUCUCCGUCCUCCUCACCAUCACCUGCAUGGCGUUUGAGCGCUACCUGUACGUGUGCCACGCCAUCCACUACCUGGUCAUCCUCACCCAGACGCGCCGGCGGCUGGCCCUGGCCCUCAUCUGGGUCUACUCCAUCUCCGUCGGCACCGUCAACUUGAUGCUGUUGCACAAGGGGACCGGGCAGAAGAACGAGCAGGCCACCCGUGGGCUGCUGUGCGAGCCGGACAUGGUGGAGCAGUACAUGGGCUUCCCCCGGGCCUCCGCCGUGUUCCGCAAGCUGAUGGGCUCCGUCACGCUGCUGGUCUGCCUGCUGGUCUACGCCUUCUCCUACCUGAGGAUGUACCAGGACGCCCGCAACGCGAUGAUGCCGUUCAACACGGUCAACACCACCGCGCGUAAAACCGUGUCCUUCUACUGCGGGAUGCUCCUCCUGCAGCUGCUGCCGCUGCUGCUCAAGGUGGCGUCGGACGCGUUGUGGGAGGUGGAGGGCACCGCGGCCAUGGUGUCGCUGCUGGAGCCGACCCCCUCGGACACGGCGGUGGUGUUGCACAUGUCUUUGUUGGUGAUGCUUCUGGUUCCGCCGUUCAUCAACCCGGUGGUGUACGGGCUGAGGAACGCGGAGAUGAGGAAGGCGAUGCUCGGCCGGUUAGGGAUCCGGACGGGGAGGAGAGGAGCGGAGGAGAUGAGACUGGAAUACAUUGUGCCUCAAAACAGAGCUCAGUGA